AUGGACCUCGAGAACGGCGAGCCGCCAAAACUGUACGGUGUGAACCUUCAGCCACCGGCACCGUUCGACUUCGCGAACCCGGCAACAUGGUCGACAUGGCUCAGCCGCUACGAAGACUUCACCGCGGUUUCAGGACUGACAAAAGCGUCGGAAGACGUGCAGGUACGCUCGCUACUGUACUGCAUGGGCCCGGAGGCACGUCCGCUCCUCGAGACGUUCUCGCUCGACGCCCAGUCGCUCGCCUCGUACCAAGUUGUUGCCGCCCGCUUCACCGAGCACUUCGUGCACCCGGCCAACGAGCUCUACGAGUCGUCGCGGUUCCACAGGCGUGUUCAGCUACCCGGCGAAAGCGUCGACACCUACUACGCGGAACUGUGCAGGAUGGUGAAGCGCUGCAACUACCCGUCAGCUGCUGUCGAGGAAAGGCUCGUACGCGACCGGUUCGUCGUCGGCCUCCGUGACUCUCGCCUCUCGGAUCAGCUGUGCCGAAACGCGAAGCUGACGCUCAAGGAGGCAUGGACACAGGCCCGUCAGUCCGAAGACGCCGACAAAGAGAAGGAGUUGACUCAGAACCGCACCGAGCACACACGCGAGCUCAACCUCGACGCCGCGAAAGCCAGCAAGUACGCCUCUCGUCGCCGCUCCGGAGCUAAGCCUACUACGUCGCAGCCGCCAACCGAGCGCUCUCGCGAGCCGUCCACGUGUGAAUUUUGCGGCCGCGCGCCUCACCGACGUUCGGACUGCCCGCACCAGCAGAACAAGCUCGGCUCCGUUCACCUCCAUGCCGUCGGCACUCCCGCCGCUGCAAAGUUCGUCGACGUGACCGUUGACAACUACACAGCGCAGUUCAAAGUCGACUCCGGCGCCGAAGUAUCUGCUGUACCCAGCGACUUCCUUACACUGCCUGCCAAGCUCGACAAAGUCGACAGUCUGCUCACUGGCCCUGGAGGACAGCCACUUCGCGUGCUAGGCUCGUAUCUGGCACGACUUCGGUGGCAAGGAAAAACAAGCUGCCAGCGCCUAUACGUAAUCCAGUCACUGACUGUGCCUCUUCUAGGACUGCCAGCGCUCCAAGCCCUGAAAGUUGUGAAAUUUCUUGACGAACUCAAGACUCCCAAAGCAACGCUGCACGCCGAGCUCUUCAAAGGAUUGGGCACUCUCAAGGACGAGUACGUUAUUCAGCUGAAACCCGAUGCCGUGCCCUUCUCGCUGAGCGUCCCCCGCAGGAUCCACAUCCCGCUGCUUGAGGUCGUCCGCCGCGAGCUGGACAAAUUGGAAAGCGCAGGCGUCAUCCGCAGGAUCGACAAGCCAAUUCCAUGGUGCUCCGGCCUCAUUGUCGUCAGGAAAGAUGAUGGUUCCUACCGGCUAUGCGUCGACUUGACUCAACUUAACAAAGUUGUCCUCCGCGAACGGCAUAUUUUGCCAACGGUUGAGCAAGUCCUUGGCCUCCUCGGUGACGCAACAGUUUUUUCAAGGCUGGAUGCGACCGCAAGCUUCCACCAGGUGAAGCUUUCUGCCGAUUCCCAAGAGCUGACGACAUUCAUCACCCCAUACGGCCGAUACUGCUUUUGCCGGCUCCCCUUUGGCAUCACAUCCGCUCCCGAGUACUUCCAGAAACAGAUGGCAAGAAUCCUGGAGGGCCAAGAAGGGGUCGCCAACAUGAUAGAUGACAUUCUGGUUUUUGGACGCACCCGCCAGGAGCAUGACGCCAGACUGAGCCAGGUGCUAUCUCGUCUUGCAAAAGCAGGCAUCACGUUGAACGAGGACAAGUGUCGCUUUGGGGUAUCCGAGGUCUCCUUCCUUGGUGUUGUCGUCUCAGCUAAGGGUAUCAGGCCGGAUCCAAGCAAGGUUGAAGCUGUCAAAGCUAUGGAAGCUCCCACAGACGUCGCGGGCGUUAGACGACUGCUUGGAAUGGUAAAUCAUCUCGCCAGAUUCCUGCCACACAUCUCGGACGUCACAGCACCCAUCAGAGCCUUGCUGAACAAGUCUGCAAGCUGGGUGUGGCAGCAUGAGCAAGAGGCAGCAUUCAAGAAGGUCAAAGAACUCUUGACAUCAUACAGGUGCAUGGCCAUGUACCACCCGUCGUAUGCCACGACAGUGUCUGCAGAUGCAAGCUCUUUCGGACUCGGCGCAGCACAAGAAUCCGAUGGAGAGUGCAAGGCCCUCAUCUCCUUCUGCCAGCGGGGUUGGCCACCAAAGACCAAGCUACCUCUGCAUGUGUCGAAGUACGCCUUCGUGGCGGACGAGCUCUCUGUCUGCGACGGUAUCCUGCUGAAAGGCCCCCGGAUUGUCAUCCCAUCGUCUCUUCGGCCAGCGGUCUUGACGCUGUUGCACGAAGGCCAUCAGGGCAUCAACAGGACCAAAGCCCUAGCUCGGGAGUCGGUUUGGUGGCCGGGUAUCUCAGCAGACAUCGCCUCUCUCGUCACGAACUGCGAACAGUGCGCAUCCACCCGGGUGAACCUUGCAGAACCCCUAGUCUCCACAGCUCUACCUGGACGCCCCUGGGAAUUUCUCGGAAUGGACUUGUUCCAUCUCAAUGGCCAGACGUUCCUCCUGGUGGUGGACUACUACUCGAGGUUUCCCGAGGUGGUGACCCUGAGAAGCACUACAGCUCGGGCAGUCAUCGAUGCUCUCAAAAGCAUCUUCGCACGCCACGGAAUCCCACAAGACGUCAGGUCGGACAACGGUCCACCGUUUUCGUCGCAAGAGUUUGCGGCAUUCGCAGCGUCUUAUGGCUUCAACCAUGCGACCAGUAGCCCACACUACGCCCAGUCAAACGGAGAGGCAGAGAGGAUGGUACGAACAGUCAAGGACCUGUUCCGCAAGUGCAAAGACCCUCACCUCGCUCUGCUCAGUUAUCGGGACACUCCGGGAGUCGAUGGCUUCAGUCCAGCCCAGCUGUUGAUGGGACGUCAGCUGAGAACCAGAGUCCCGAAGCAAAACUCCCAGCUACAUCCCAACUGGCCGCCUAGGAAAGAUGUCGUCGCCAAGGAUGUAGCCUACAAGCGUAAGCAGACCGACGACUACAAUAGGCAUCACGGAGCUCGAGACCUGCCACCUCUCCAAACAAGUCAGCGUGUGUGGGUGCGCCCUGACCAAGUGCAAGCUACGGUCCUCAGCCCGGGGCAAAGGCCAAGAAGCUACGUGGUUGAAACAGACCGAGGUGGUGUUCUACAGUGCAACCGCCGUCACCUAGUGCCUUUCGUGCCUUCCGCCUCCGGUGAGGAAUCGCUGCCAACAGCUGCACAGCAACCAUCGCCACCGCAGCAAGUUCUUCAGGAACCUCAGCCUGCCAACAGCAUGGGACCUGCAUCCCCCAAGGGCAGCCUUUGCAACAUUCCCCAGCAGCCAGGGACCGUAGCGAUGGUGUUACACGAACACGUUAUGGCCGGCACGUUGUUCCGCCGCGCCGUUUGA